AGGGGAUGGAGGGAAGGACGGUUCAGCAGCCCCCACCCUGCUCAUCAAGCUCGCCAAGCCCCGCAGGGGCCAUAAGCACCAGGCAGGAGGCCAGGAGAGAGGAGGGAGACUCCAGGAGGAGAGGACAGGAGGCAGCGCUGGGGGACCGAGCCCCCCUGAGCCAGCAGCGCCAGCUCAGACAGGCCACCCAGUUCCUGCACAAGGACUCUGCCGACUUGCUCCCCCUGGACAGCCUCAAGAGGCUCGGCACUUCCAAGGACUUGCAGCCGCACAGCGUGAUCCAGAGACGCCUGGUGGAAGGAAACCAGAGUCGGCUUCAGGGGGAGUCUCCCCUGGUGCAGGCCCAGAUUCACGGCCAGGAGAGCAGGAGAAAGACCAGCAAGACAGAGACUCCGGCUCUUCUGGUCAACUGCAAGUGCCGAGACCAGGAGCUUCGGGUGGCCGUGGACACAGGCACCCACCACAACCAGAUCUCUGCUGGAUGCCUCAGCCGCCUGGGGUUAGGGAAGAAGGUCCUCAAAGCCCCGGGUGGGGGCCUGGCACCUGGGCCCCCCACCCAGGUGGAGCAGCUAGAGCUACAGCUUGGCCAGGAGACAGUGGCCUGCUCGGCCCAGGUGGUGGACGUGGAGAGUCCUGAGUUCUGUCUUGGACUACAGACUCUACUUUCUCUCAAGUGCUGCAUAGACCUGGAUCGUGGAGUACUACGCCUGAGAGCCCCCUUCCCAGAGCUGCCUUUCCUGCCUCUGUACCAAGAGCCUGGCCAGUGACUGCUGAACCAGUCUGUCCCCAAGGGGAAGGACCUUGCCUUGGGGAAGAGCUGGAUGGGGGAAUGGGGCAUCACUACAGCCAGGUAGCUGGGGACGACCGAGUCUGUCCCUCCUGCCCCCCUCGGCUUCUGGGGCUCGUUACCUCUCCCAGCUAGACUGCCGCACCUCACCCGGGGCCCUGUCCCUGCUGACACUCACCUUUCUCAUUCCGCACACGACUGCUCACAGUGCAGUGGGGGAAGCACAGGCAAGUGAGUACUCCGGUACAACGGAAGGUGAGGACGCCAGGCCGGGGGCUUCCUUAGAUACCUUUUCUGGGGUUGCCAACGUCUGAAGUCAGUAAUCGCCCCGUGCCAGACCUUGGAUGGACCUCCACUACUUCCCCUGGCAGUUCUCCUCCUCCCCUCGCUUUUUUACACAUCGGGACCCUGAACUCUGGGGGGUGGGGCGGAGGGGCGUUGUCAGGAACUGCCCCACAAGGUGGAAAGGAGGGCAGGUGCCCAGUCCUCAGCCUUCAUCUAACCAGGAUUCCUUCUUGUUUCUGGAACUGUUCACCUCAUUAGACCUCCCUUCCCCUCAUCUCUGCCUCCUGGGCUUGAGCUUGUCCGAUUUUGGAACCAAUGGCUUUCUAUCCCCCAGCAGGCUGUGACCCAAAGGGAAAUGACAAGGAGGCUUUUAGUUUUCAGUGUGAAGAGAGGAACUCAGACCUUAAGAAGCCAGACCCCUGAGUGCCUUUCGGGCUCGUUUCAGUCUCUCGGGUCAUGGAUUCUGGGUAUAGGAAGAGAGUGGUCUAACUAACCGCAGCUGGGAAACCAGGGUCCUUGGAGUGGAAACGCAGUCUGAAGCCUGGGGUAGAUCAGAGAAGCAGGCUACCACCCAGCUGCCUUCUGACCUCCGGUCUUGCCUCUCCCUGCUGCGUCCCCUGCCCUCAGAAGGAGCAGAGGGGGUGCAUGUGUGAUAAGGAUCCCCUCGUGCCUCCUGCCUCGCCCCAGCACCUCUGCUUUCCUGGCGCUGCCUUUUCCCUUCUGCCUCUUGCUGCUUCUAUAAUUGCAGACCCCGGACCCAGGGGCUGGCCUUCAGCUCAGCUGCUUGUCCAUUUGA